UGUAGAAGGUGAAUUAAUAUUAGGGAAUAUAUCUCUUUCUAUUGGUACAAAGCUUGAUCGUUUUGGUUCUGAAUUUGGAAAAUAUCUGUCUCCGAUUCAUUUACCUUAUAGCCAACGUGCGUUACCACCCAGUAAUCUCAAUAUAUUAAAAAGGAAAAAAUAUCCGUAUAAUUAUCAUGUAUAUGAGGUGAUUAAAUCUUUUGUUGUAUUAGGUGGUCCAAUUAGAGGUUGGUUUGAACAACCUGGAAUAGGAAUGCAAUUUAAAACUUAUAAUAGUAUUAUAGGAUUAAUCGAAAAUG